AUGAAGCUGGACGUGUUGUUCUGGGCGCUGAUCGGCUUCUCCCAGCUUGCAACGUGGAACAUCCACUUUGAGAACUGGGAGCACGGGUGGGGCAACCACAACGCCUUCUGGGCCAGAAGACUCCCUGUCGGCGUUCCCGCUGCUGCCCUGACGCAUCUGGGAACGCUGGCGUUCGUGGUCGCAGUGCUUCAGCUGACUCGCAAGCGCCUGCUCAUGGCCCUGGGCCUGCUCCUCGGCCUCCCCUUCGUGUGGUGGGUCCUUUACCACUGCUGGGUGCCCUAUCUCUUCGACUGCAACAGCCUCUGGCACCACGGCGGCAGCUACCGCCACUUUGACUUCAAGAGCAUGGCGUGGAAGUCGGGCGUCGACUACGCAAAGCCCAAGGUCAUGCUGAGGGCGUGGGCCAAGGAGUACCGCGACAGCAUUCGCGUGGUGCCGCUCCUGCACGACUCGCCCUUCUUUGUCGACCUCGGCAGCAUGCUGCUCACGGCGCUGCUCGUCCUGGCCUACUACUACUCGCUCAAGGCCUUCGUGUGGCCGCGCGACGGCUGCGACGAGGUGGUCGACCAGCCGGCCACCGACAAGAACGCGGGCAAGAAGAAGCAAGAGGAGGAGAAGAAGCAACAGAAGGAGAAGGUAGACGAGAAGAAGAAGAAGCAGCAAGAGGAAGUACCUACCAAGAGCGGGAGCAGCAGCAGGAAGCAGGGGGAGACGAAGAAGGGCGCUGCUGGUGCGACGCCUUCGAAGAGCAGCAAGAAGAACAACUGA